AGAGAGAGAGAGAGAGAAUGGAUUUCUCCUUGCUUCUUCAUUCAGUCGCAUGUGUAUGUGUUUGAGCUGCUGGAUGGAUCCUGCAGUAUAGCUGAUAUUUUAUUAUUGUUUUCUUUCUUUCUUUCUUUCUUUCUUUUUGGCACAGAUUUGGAUUACAAGCGCAUAUGGAGGGGAAGAGAUGAUAGAGAUGCACGUGCGUUUUUGAAUAGCUGGUGCACCAUAAAUCCGCGCUAUGGAAGAAGUCCGAAAAACUAAAGCACGGCACUCCGCGGUGCGUAUUGCUCAGUAAGGAUGUAGAGAAAUUAAAUAUACAUUAAAAGAAAAGAAAAAGAAGAAAAGAAAUACAUUCUGCACGUGGAUGAAGUUGCAUGUUGCGUACAAGUGAAAGCAAGAUAAAGAAGAAGAGGAGGAAGAAGUGACGAACUGGAGGAUUGGAUACACUUCGUGCACAGACGCAUGGAGAGAUCGAUGGAUGCAUGGAUGGAUGGAUGGAUGGAUACGUGCGAUUUUUUUUUUUUCUCAGUUGUUGUAAGGAUGGAGGCUUUUUCUUAAAAUCCUAUUGUAUUUGCAAAACCUUCUUCGACGUGCUUUUGUAAUUGUGUUCCAAAGCGCUAAAGGUGGAGCAAUGCAGGAAAGGCGAAUGCGUGCAUGCAGCAUGAAAGAGAGACCUCUCUAACAAAGUGGUGAAUGUGUUUAAACUAUACACUGCUCUUUGGACAUUUUUGUUAUUAUUUUCUCUUUCUGGCUGGAUUGCUUUCUGUACUUCUGAAAUAAAUAGAUGCGCGAUUACCCAAGGGCUGGUGUGCGCGAGACUCCACGCCACCGAUUUUGGAAAUAUCCUUCGUUUCUUUUCUAAUUAUUCCUAUCUAAAUGGAAGUAUUGGAGAUCGAAGGCAGUGGUGAAAGGAGCAGACAUGGUUCAUGGGCGCAGUUUCCUUCACGUUGUUGCAGGUCUCCUCAUGGUUGGCUUGUCUGUUGCGACAAAAAAAGAAGCAGUGAAAAACAACUCAGGUGUUCAACCAGCUGGACAGUGUGGAACGUGGGUGAAAAAACCAGAGGGAGGACUUUUCACAUCUCCCAAUUACCCGAACAAAUACCCCCCAGAGCGCGAGUGCAUUUACGUCAUUGAAGCUCCCCCGAGACAGUGUAUUGAUCUCUUCUUUGACGAGAAGUACUCGAUAGAGCCUUCGUGGGAAUGUAAAUUUGACCACAUCGAAGUGCGUGACGGACCUUUUGGCUUUUCUCCUAUAAUCGGACGCUACUGUGGCCAGCAGAGCCCGCAGUACAUCAGAUCGAGCGGCCGAUACCUCUGGAUAAAAUUCGUAGCAGAUGGUGAACUAGAAGCCAUCGGAUUUUCGGCGAACUACAACUUCACCACAGAUCCUGACUUUCAAGACAUGGGCAUCCCCAAGCCUCUUCCCGCAUGUGAGUUUGAGAUGACUGGACCCGAAGGCAUCAUUGAAUCACAACAGAUCAUCAGGGACGGUAAAGCUUCACAGACGGAGGCCGUGGACUGCAAGUGGUUUAUCCGAGCUUCUCCUCGCUCUAAGAUCUACCUGCGGUUCCUGGACUAUGAGAUGCAGAACUCAAACGAGUGCAAGCGAAAUUUUGUGGCUGUGUACGAUGGCAGCGGCUCCGUUGAGGAUCUGAAGUGUAAAUUCUGCAGCACGGUGGCUAGUGACGUGACAUUGAGAACUGCACUGGGUGUUGUGCGGAUGUGGGCCGACGAGCACAGCCGCCGCAGUCGUUUCCGGAUUCUCUACACCACUUUUAAAGAACCUCCCUGCGAGGCCGACAUGUUCUUCUGCCACAGUAACAUGUGCAUCAACAACUCACUUGUGUGUAAUGGGAUCCAGAACUGUGUGUAUCCUUGGGACGAAAAUCACUGCAAAGAGAAAAGGAAAGCAAACAUCCUGGACAACCUGAACAACACAAACGGCAGCAUCAUUGGUGUGACGUGCUGCAUCGUCCUCGUCCUCCUCGUCGUCUCAGUCACGGUGCAGAUCAAGCAGCCGAGGAAGAAGUACGUGGUGCAGCGUGACGACUUUCAGGAAGUGUUCCAGGAAAUGCCUCGGCGCUACGACCUGGGUGACAUUGCCGAACUUACAGACGAUGUGGAGACGACCUUCCAGAAGAACUGCGUUCAUGAGCACCACUGUGGCCGCGCCAAAACGGCGGCCGUGAUGGAUCCGCAUCAUCACCACCACCAUUAUCAUCAUCAUCAUCAUCACGAUAACCGGCGCAGCAUCGUGGUCAUGAAGCACAGCUACUCGCAAGAAGAAGCGGAGAUAGAGGAUGAGCUUGACGAGGAAGUGCCAACCACCAGCCACCGACUGGCCAGACACGACAAAGCUGUGCAGCGGUUCUGCCUCAUUGGGUCUCUAAGCAAACACGAAUCAGAGUACAACACGACUAGGGUGUAGGAGACGAUCAGGAGACAGAUAUAUCACAUCCCUGCAUCUUCCCAGGUGUGACAACUUGAAAGAGGAAUCUUGUAACACCCUACUACAACGCUGUUCCCUUCAGCGAGAAACUUGACAGCGGUCACACCUGCGAUUUCUCUGGCGGAUUAAAACAUUUCUUGGAUUGCUUGUGCAGUGGAUUUUGUUGCUAUGCUGACCGAACACUAAGGACAGAAUUUCUACAACCAUAAAAACGAUAAACUGAAAUGUGGGUGUAUUGCUGGGGUUUUGGUUAGGAUUUGUCAUUCUAUUCUCAAUUGUUUCCUUGUGGAAUAUAAAUCUGAUGCGUUGUUUUCUCUCUCUCUCUCUCUCUCUCUUUCAACUUUCAACUGACCUUUAAGAAACUCUUGUAAUGCUAAAACGACUUUUGAAUAGAGACCAUGCUAAACAUUGAAGCAAAAUUUGACCUUUUCACCAAAUUAAAGAAUUUCCUGUGAUAGGUUAUCGAGUCUUAUUACAGCUGCCCAGUGUCCAUCUACCAUUAAAUACCUCUUUAUGAACAAAAGCCGAAGGAAGAUUGUGAAGCCCCUAAAAUAUUAACAAUCUAUAAAAAAAAAAAUUAGAUUAGCAAGUCUUGUCUAUGCAUAUGUCUAUAGAUUUAAAAAAGGCUAUCUGAUGACCUUUAUUUCUACCAAUAAAACAGAGGCCACAAAGCACACAUUGGAUUGUUUUCUUCAUUAAACAUCACUGGGAAAUCUGUUCAUUUGCUAAAGGGUCUCGACUUGUUUAAACAUUAGAUCUUG